AUGACUCCUAAAUAUUAUAAGGGUCAAAAAGCUAGAAGGAGCAACAUCAUGGCCCACUUCUCUCUCCACCUUGAGGCCACGAUUUUCACUGCAGAAGGAUACGCAAUCCUUCAGGCAAUCCAUCAUGUUACCCACAAAAAGGAAGAUGCCAUCAUUUGUUCGGACUCGAAAUCGGUUAUCAAGGCUCUCCACGCUCAACAUGAGAAGUCUACCUUAAUCCAAACCAUUAACACCAUCCUCAAUCAAAGGCAUAUCCUCAGCCUUCAGACCAAGCUUAUCUGGACCCCGGCUCACAAAGGCAUCCCCAUCAACGAACAAGCGGACAAACUCGCCAAAACCAACCCCCCCAACUCUAACAUUACCCACUAUAUUACUGCCGAAGACCUCAACUCUCUCAUCAAGUCUGACAACGAGAAAUAUAUGAACAACAAAUGGAACACCUAAAUCUCUCUACCCAACCCAAAAAAUCUCUCUACCCUUGGCUCUCUAACACAUCAGAUAUCUCUAUUCCUGACAUCACGGACCGCCGUAUCAACGUCCUCAUUAAUCGCGCUAGAACAAACUCGUUGCUUACUAACCACUUUCUUUAUGCCCGCAACAUCUGCACCACUAACCAGUGCAAAUACUGCCCAAAUAAAACUGAUACAACCAUACACCACCUCAACGAGUGCUCAAAAUUUGACAUCAGGGGUAGAAUCCUCUCCAACAACAGUCUAACAAAAAAUCAUCUUCUCAACAUCAGCGACUGCCUCCAAUUAUACCCGAAAGACGUUUGCCUCCAAUCCUUAUCGACCUUUUUUAAUGAAUACAAAAAUACCUACAACUACUAAAUCAUUUUGACUUUCCUCAUCACUC